UGGAUUUUGGUCUUUGGAUAUAUUCCAAACAGGAAAUAACAGGGCCCAAAAUGAUACGGACGAAACCCUGAAACAGCCGCAAACACCUCUCUGUAUUUUUGGGCCAGAUACAGAAAUCCAUACAAGUACGUUUCAGGAGCCCCGAAAAUUUGGGUUAAUGUCCAAACCAAAUGCUCGGACUAGUGCAGAUGCAAAGACCAAGAAGCAUUCCCCCGGUGGAAUUUGCGGCUCAACAUGACCCUAGCCUCCCUUUCCUCAACAGCUAACACGUCAAUGACUCGUGGCAACCGCAGACCGAAAUGGAGAAAUCAUAUAAUACGAAUUCCUCGAAUUCACAAAAUCAAUCAAAGAACAAUCCACCUACUGAUCAGCUAUAUCAAUCUGAAGCCCGGAAAAAUUCGACAGAAAAAAGUAAAUUUUUUUUUUUGGCAGAUAGAAGUGAUAAUAAUAAAGGUGGAGGGCAAAAUGGAGAGGAAAGACAAGGAAGAGAAGGGAGGGAAGUUGGAAGGGCUGCCGGUGAAUACUAGUCCCUACACGCAGUACAAGGACUUGGAGGAUUACAAGCAGCAGGGGUAUGGGACCCAGGGACACCUCCAACCUCAACCUGGUCGCGGUGCUUCUGCUUCUGUUGAUGCUCCUACCGGGGAUGCUAUACCCCCUGCUGCUCAGCUUUCUUCCACCAUUAAUGUCGUCAACCGCCACGCCGUCCCUUAGUCUAGUUGGAGUUGGACCUUUUCUCUUUUAUUAGCAGAAUUUUUCUCAACACUUAUUUCUUAGGUCUUGAAUUCUCUUUGCUGUCGCGUUAUUAAGCGGAAACUAACGUUACUUGAUUAAUUUAAGAUGUUCUCGCUUCAA